GGGUUGUAGAUGGGGUUAGGGUGGGAAGAAGCAGAAGGGACAGAGGCACUUUGCAGGUGUGGGGAGCAGCGUCGCCUGUGCUGGACCCUGCGGGAAGGCGCGGUCAUGGAUGGGGACAAUGAUCUCUGUGUUCUCCGACGCCGUUUAGCGGAGUCCGGACAGAGUCACCUGCUUCAUUUUUGGGAGGAGCUAGAUGCAGAAGAACAGCAAGAGUUAUGCAUUGAGUUGCAGAAUAUGAACUUGGAAGAGCUGGGCCAGGCCUUCCAGCGAGCCAUGAGGAACGCUGCCCACCUACCAGGGAAAGAGAAUGUUGAUGCCAGGAUGGAGCCUGUGCCAUGGGAUGUGUUGGGGAGUACAACCCGAGACCGAGUUCAGCUGCCGCUCUGGGAGGAAGAAGGCCUCUGCCAGAUAUCUCAGAGCAAGGUAGCCGUUCUCCUCCUAGCUGGUGGGCAGGGGACGAGAUUGGGUGUCUCCUACCCCAAGGGAAUGUACGAUGUGGGUUUGCCAUCCCACAAAACCCUCUUCCAGAUCCAAGCGGAACGUAUCCUGAAGCUGCAGUGGCUGGCCGAAGAACGACAUGGCCUGAAAUGCAUUAUUCCCUGGUACAUCAUGACAAGCGGCAGGACCAUGGAGUCAACCAAAGAAUUCUUUUUAAAGCACAAAUACUUUGGCUUGAAGAAGGAAAAUGUGGUCUUCUUCCAGCAGGGUAUGCUGCCUGCAAUGGACUUUGAUGGGAAAAUUUUGCUGGAAGACAAGGGGAAAGUUUCUAUGGCACCAGAUGGCAACGGUGGCCUGUACCGAGCUUUAGGCACCCAGCGUAUCAUGGAGGACAUGGAGCGGCGGGGCAUUGGCUGCAUCCACGUCUACUGUGUCGACAACAUUUUGGUGAAAGUGGCCGACCCCCGGUUCAUUGGGUUCUGCGUACAGAAGGGAGCUGAUUGUGGAGCAAAGGUAGUAGAGAAAACCAACCCCACCGAGCCAGUCGGCGUGGUGUGCCGAGUGGGCGGUGUGUACCAAGUGGUGGAGUACAGCGAGAUCUCUUUGGCCACAGCACAGAAGAGGAGUCAUGAUGGCCGGCUUCUAUUUAAUGCUGGAAACAUUGCCAACCACUUCUUCACGAUGGAGUUCCUGAAAGAUGUUGUCAACAUUUAUGAACCGCAGUUGCAACACCAUGUCGCCCAAAAGAAAAUCCCAUACAUGGAUGAGGCCACGGGGAAGCCUUUGAAUCCAGACAAACCAAAUGGGAUUAAGAUGGAGAAGUUUGUAUUUGACAUCUUCCAGUUUGCCAAGAAGUUUGUGGUGUAUGAGGUGCUGCGAGAAGACGAGUUCUCCCCAUUGAAGAACGCAGACAGCCAAAAUGGCAAGGACAACCCCACCACUGCACGCCAUGCUCUGAUGUCGCUGCAUCAUCGCUGGGUCCUCAAUGCUGGUGGCCACUUUGUGGAUGAAAAUGGAACCCGCCUCCCUGCCAUUCCCUGCUGCACAAAUGGAAGGUCAGAUGUGAUCCAAGCUGAUGUCAAUCACAAUCUGAAGGAUGCCACUGACUUGCCAAUUCAGUGUGAGAUUUCUCCUCUCGUCUCCUAUGGGGGUGAAGGCUUGGAAGAAUCUGUGAAGGACAAAGAGUUCCACGCUCCCUUGGUUAUCGACCGGAAUGGGGUCCACGAAUUGGUGAAGAACGGACUGUGAUAUUCCCUUGAAGAUCCAGAACGUUAUGAUCUGGCUUGUUGAUUUGUAAAUAUUCAAACAGAAUGUCCCCUCUCACCCUGUGAGAUUUUUUUUUCUUGUUUUCAAGCUGAAUUCUCUCAAACGGCAGGACUUGGUUUCAAUAAGAGGGAAGGGGGAAAAUCCCUCUAUUCUUGCAUGUCUAUUUAUGUAAAUAUAUAUAAAUAUAUAUAUUAAUUUAAAACAAGUUCAAAUAGCUUAUACAUUGCCUUCCAUGCUGCAGUGCUUUAAGUCAUAAUAGUAUUUUGUAUUUAAAUCUUUUGGCUGUUGUGGGUUUUCCUGGCUGUGUGGCCGUAAUUUGGUAGCUUUUGCUGCUAACAUUCUGCCUGUAUCUGUGGCUGGCAUAGAUGCCUCCAAAGAUUCCGGCCAUGAAAGCCUUCAACAAUACACAGACAUUUCUAUUGUUUACCUGCAGAAUGUUUUCUGCAGUACAGGAGUUGGUCUGAAAUGUUAAGAGAAAAAAAUACUGGGCUGGAUAAUUGACAUCUGUUUGGUGAGAGGUACCUCUACCUCUACUGCAGGGAAUGUCCCCCUGAUGUUAGCACCAUCGCUAGAAAUCUGUGAGAUUCUCCCAUCUGUGUAUAACUUCAAAUGGGUCUGGAAUUUUAUGUUUGCUGCUCACGUUCUUUCAACUCCAGCUGUAUCUUGUAGAGGUUGCACAGCUGAAAGGAUGGAGAAGGCAAUAAAGGAAAACAAUUUUUCUUCUUCUGGACGGACAACA